AUGAGCCUUAUGCCGACUGCCUCCACACAAAAUACAAUAGUUAGCAAAAUCUUACAAGUGAGUUUUUUCUCUAAACAAAGUCAAUAUGUAUCACAGGUCGCUCUUGGAUUAUUUGUGACAACUUCUGAUCUUCCAACAUUGCCAUUAAACCAUGAACAAUUGUCAUACGAUUGCUCGUUUGAUUCCAAUUGCAGGUAGAAAAUUCUUUCCACAAACUACCUGCAGGUGCUAAAAUUAUUUGCUUCACAGAUGGACUUCUGUUGGAAAUCAAGUUGAUCGUUGGAGAAUUGCGCGUGGUGAACCGGACAGCCUAUUAUGGCUGGCAGCUACAGGAACGAUGCAAAUACCAAGUAUCUGUCUGUUUUUUUUAAAUUCAUUCAAAAUUUUUUAGGGGAGCCAUACGCUUUGAUCGAAUCAAGAGGAGACCCCGUCGAUGCACUGGCAACUGAUGCGAUUCGAUGCCAAAAAGGCUACGCAGAACUAUCCUUCACGUACUGGGUCGUUGGAAAUGUUGAUAUUGAGAUUUGUCUGGCUGAUCUGCAUGGGGAAAAGUUCAAUUGUACGGGAAUGCUGAAAUCAGAUGUUAUGCCUGGAAAAGUACUCUUGAAGAUUCCCGAACUCCAAAAACCAUUCAGAGUAAGCGACAAAACGUUAGUCUGGAAAUGCAAAUAGGGCUCAUUAUUUUUUUUGUUAAUAUACAAUUGCACUAGCUGCAAAACCUUACUAGGUAACUCUGAAGUUAAAUUUUCCAUACGGGAUUAAUUAAUUAAUUUAUUUAUUUAUUUACGCACGCGGGGUACGUGUUAGAAAGAGGAACUAGUUCGAUAGUUCAAUUAACUUGUGCCAAAUCCAAUAUAUCCACAACAGCCUCCGUUCCUAUGCUUUUUAUUUUCUUAUUUCUAUCGUUGCACGCCGAUUUGUACGAGAGAACGAUUGACGUGGCAUAAUGAGACGUUGUCGGGAUCUGUUGGAACUUCGUUACACACCACUCCGGGUUGAAGAGAAGCACUCGGAGUUGCAUCCAUUUCUGAAUCCUUGAUUUCCUCAGCUUCUUCCGUUUGAUAGUCCUUGCGCUUUUGCGAUUUCUCGCCUCUUGCUUUCUUGCUUGUGCUGAUUCCCAGUUCAUCUUCUGCAUCCUCACGUUUUCCUUUACUGCCUUCCUAGCCUUCCUAGAUUUUCCUGUGUGCUUUGCAAGCGAUCUCGUUCUUUUUUUGCAAUCCUCACGAAUUCGGCGCCAAACGCUUCUGCUGUUAGAUCUGCUGCCUCAGAAAAACCUUCCAUCGGGAUCUGCCUCUGUAGGCUUCAUUGUUGCUGAUUUUGCGAUUACUUUUUGAUGUCAAACAUGAUUCCGCGUUCCAUGGGUGAAAAAAAGUAGGAAUUUGACUGAUAUAAUUUGAAAGCUUUUCAUCGAAAUUCCGAAAACAACAUUCGGAUCGUAUGCAAAGACUGUGUUCAAACCGAGUUUCAAUUUUUUUUAAACUACCGUAUUUUCGAAUAUCCUCAAGAAAUUAACAAAUUUUCAAAAAAUACCGUAGUUUUAGGGGAACGGUUACAUUCGUUGAGCUGUGCGCACCCCCGUUUUUCACGGAAAUUUCGGCCGACUUUGGACAGAAAAACCGCAGGUUUUUCCGGUUUUUCCGAUACUUUGGACGCGGCAUAAAUACCGAGUUUCAGUCCUAAUAUUAACCGAGUUUCAGUCCUAAAUAUGCGUUUUUUCGAAGCACAGAGCCAUUCAAGAAAAAUAAAAGACAGUUUAAGAAGCCUCGCGAAAUUUAUUUUUGAGUCGCUAAGGUAAAUCGUUUGUAAUCUAGCUAGCUAAUUUGCGUUUCUAACCGGACCUAAGUAAAUUGCUAAUUUACUGCGAUUAGAUUGCUAAUUCUUCUAACUGGACUGAUAAAUUUUCUAAUUAGAUUGGCGAAGCUAAUUAGAUUGCAAAAACACUGAUAUUAGAUUCAAAAUUUAUCUAAUUAGAUUAAAAUUCCGGGCAAACUAGAUUAUGUUUAGAUUGCAAAAUCAGCUAGCUAGAUUUAGAAAUCGGUAGCAAUCUAACUAGGUCCGGUUAGAAACGAUAAUUAGCUAGUUAGAUUAGAAACGAUUUGCCUGAGCGUUCAUGUCUGAGAUCAUUUUCUAGUUAGUUUGCUGCUGCUGACAGUGGCUCCUGGUGCUCCUGGUGCAUUGUUUAUGAGCUUGUAUUUACGUAGGCGGGCAAUAACCAACAGUUUCUCCAUGGUGUGUUGGUUACCACAAAAGCUACAAACAAGCCCUACUUGUUUUACGGUUUCCUUUUGUUGUGUACUUGUAAUAAGUGCAAACAUAACUUGAAGCCGCAUACAUUGCCAGCUGGGCAUGCAAAUGAAAUUAAUGAUGGAAACGCUUGAGUACAACAUUUUCAGGUCAUGAUCCAACCGAGCGUCAGCCCAGGCGUCAUAGUACUGGACGAUCUACGUUAUGACGCUUCAAUGUGUACUUAUUCUUCUACGGUUUCUCCAUCUCUCCCGGCUGAUACAAACCAAAACCGAGGCCGUCCUGAUUUUAUGGUAUUUUUUGUGAGCGACAUUACAAUUCACUGCCAUUUUAGACUACUUUGCCACCCCGUAAAAUUCGGCCCUGGACUUCUAAACGAGCAAACCUUAAGAAGAAAGAGCUAAUGGAGAGUACAACAACACAGAAAUCAAAAGUCACAUUUCCGACUAAGACAGGAAAGCCUUCAGCGAUCAGUGUAGUAACGUUAGCAAAAAAUUAUUAUUGCACGUUCAUUUUGCUUUUUAGUUUUCCGGAAUCAACGACUGAAGCCCCUUUCGAUUUACUUAUAGUGGGGAAUCGAACAAAACUAAUGAAAGAUAAGAGAACAGGCAAAGUCAUCGAGAAAUCGUCCCAACUUCUUUGCGACUUCAAUAAUGAAUUUUCUUGUCAGUGGGGUGCCGAAGCCGGACGAUGGGCUAUCAUCGAAAAAGGUUUCUUUAAAACACACAUCUCUUGGAGAUAAUACAGUGCGCGAAAAAAGUUUAGGACACCCUAAAUUUUGACAUUCUGACAAAACGAGGAAAGAUAUCGAAAAUCUGUAAAUACUUUUCCAUUUGGCCUACAAAAUAACCCCCGGCCGGAUUUGGCCAAAUUUUAAAAUGUUUGGUGUCAAAACUACUGAAAAAAUCAUUUCGGCGUCAUCUGCACAUCUGGAACCUACUGGUGACUUUGUUUUGUGAACCCCUUUUUCGUGAAAAGAGCGAAAAACAGUGAAUUUCUGUGCACUUCGACUUUCAACUACCAAAGCUUUGUUGACACUGUUCCGUUCCUCAUGAGACCUGAACAAAAUGUCCUCAUUAUCCACAGAAAUUAGAAAACAGUUUUGGAGCCUGCAAUCUAAAAAUAAAAGGUACUUCCUUUCUAUUGCAUUGGUUAAUCACUGUUAUAUACUAAGAGUGAAGUGUAAAAAAUAAGGUCUGCAAUAUUAUACACUCGCCAGAGUGGGUGACUUGACGCAAUUCUCGAUGGCGGCUCUCGCACGGAGCAAACAUUUUCUAUCUAUGAUCGUGCGUUUUCAAAUUUGAGUGGGGAUAUGGUAGAUUACAUUGUUCUCCACUUUUUGACAAAACAAAUGUUUUGAGCCCAGGCGGUUUUUUAUAUGCCAAUUCAAAUGACAUUCGCCAAUUUUCGAUAACUCUUCUAGUCUCUUCAGAACGUCCAAAAUUUAGGGGGGAGGUCCUAAACUUAUUGGGCACACUGUAUUAUGGUUUAAAAAAGUUCAGGUGCAAUCCCAUCGCUAGAGGAUUCAAUACUAGACCCACGUUUACUUCCGACAUAUCCAGCAAGUUUAGUUUUACAAGGAACGGCCAUGCUUUCUAGUGAUCCACUUCCUUGUCAAUCCGGAAACUCAAAGGUUUACUUAUUACAGUAGAUCGGAUUUUAAAAUUGUUUUCAAGACAGGAAUUUAAUAUUGUACCGGUUCAUUAUUCAAUCUUGUUCUCAUUUUCCUCUCAAUUUCCUUCGCCCGCAUUCACCUUUCCAUCCUUAUCCAAUAUUACUAAGAAUUCAAUGUGGCUCUUAUAUAGGCCUGAUUUUGUGAUUCCUAAUUAUGUGUUUCUAAACGUCCAUUAUACCUUUUCCAGAUGCUUUUCCGAUAUUGGUCAAAUGGAGAUAUUCUUCUUCAAGUUUGUGCACUGGGAUACGGUAAUACUGCAGAGUUGCCAACCAACAUAUAUAUUUUUAAGAUAACGAUAGUAACCUUAUUCAUUGCGUUGAACAAUCAACAAAUACCCGUUACAAACGAAACACACUGGCUGUAUUCGAAAUUAAUCGGACCAUUAACGAACAGUUCACAGUAUUGAAUAUCGACAUGACUACGUGAUCGUGACAUUUUUUUUAGCUCAAUAUUGUACCUCAAUGGGAAAAUGGCUUGAAGAAUAGGUUUCUGGUGAUUGAUGAAAUUGCUUACAUUGGAGAAUGUGAUAGGGAACCUCAGUCUACUUCCGCAAAGCCUUCAAUCUCAACAAAAACAGUCUCAGAAACAAACCGGAACAUUUUACCGCCGAUUGAAAAGAAUGAAAAUCAUUCAACUACUUCUGCGACUACCCGAUCAAUAAUUCCUCCUAUAAGAAAUGAAACCACAAACAACCAAGAAUUGGCCGGAACCACAGAAACAACAGAAUCCCCAAAUACCACAACUGAAUCAGCAAUCACAGAAUCUAUAAUUUUACCUGCCGAUAAUUCAACAAGAAGGUAGCCGGAAAAAAAAACUAUGUUACCGGUUUUUUCUUCCAGAAAAGUAUUAACUACAUUUGCUCCGGUUUAUCCAGAAGAAAUUAUUACUCGAACAUUAUGGACCCGGAGAAUUUCAAUGUUUGAUAGACUUGUAGUUAGAAAAAAAAAGUAUUUUUACAGUAAGACAACAUCUACAACACUUUCAACAAAAUCAGAUGACUAUUGCGAUCUUCUAAAUUGUAGUUUUGAUGGUAUGCAAAUGAAGUUUAACAUAACGCAAAAUCGAAAUUUCAGACACUGCGUGCAAUUAUUUAAACCAUGGAUUAACAAAAAAACCAUGGACAUUAAGAAAUCGAGGAUAUGGAUAUCCACUUACAGGCACAACUGACAUUCGAGCCACCCAAACAAAUGGCCAAUUUGUCUCGACAAUUCUUGAUGCCGGCGAUAUUGCAAUUCUUGAAUCACCAAAAUUUGAUGCAACAAAAAGUUUGAAUGUGCUUUUAUUUCAAUAUUUCCGACCUUCUCAAAUGACAACGAUCAGGCUCUGUCUUGGUAAGCGCUCAACAACAGACACAGAAAACAAAUGAACAACUGAUUAGGAUCACAAUACACAAAUCCAAUGCGAACUAUUUCUUCAUUCAUUCAAUGUCCUUCGAUACUGCGCUCAGUCACUUCAAAAAACGCGUAUCGUUGGAAUACGGUACACGUUCAAUUGCCGCCUGGAACAACUAACGUAAUGUAAUUAUUCCUAUCAUUUUGUUUAAUGUUUUUUUUAGUUCUACUUGGUUGCUCAUAGCAGUGAAAAAUCAGAAAAUCGAGCAGCAAUAG